CGAUUUUCAUAACCUUUGACCUUCAAUAUCUCAAGACGCACAAGGGUAGGCAUAUGAGAUUUUUUGGUGCUUCAUUGCCUUCAUUAGAACAUCAAAACGAAGGUCUCUGCAAAAAUUAAGCUUGUUCGGUCUCGUUCCGCAGAUGGCCUUUUUUUUGUCUUAUUUCCCUGGAUGGGGUAUUCGCCGGCAAUAGGCAACGCUGCAAAAAAACGAUUUCAUCUUGGGGAGUUUUAGCAUCCCAUAAUAUAGGGAAGUUUUCGAAAAAAAAAACUGUGAAAACGUGCCCGCAUUAUCCUCAGACCUCAGGAUGUUUACUUUUAAAGUGUACAGUACGGCAUUCCUUCAUUUUUAAAUUUUUGUUAAUUUUGAGGUACAUAUAGCUAAGUGCAGCAUACCCCAUCGUUCAUUCCUUCUACAUGAUAAAAAAUAUAAAUGUGAUCAAUUAUAUAGUUGCCUUGGGUGACUUUGGUUGUGGGUUUUCAUUUCGCAUAGCAUGUAAUUAUAGGUGUUUAUCAGUGAUAUGACAAAUAUAGGGAUUGAUGAAGUAUUGCGUAGAUUGUCGAUAAAGUUCAACAAAAUUUUUUACGACAGAGAAUUUGUUGAAUCUGUGAGUGAGGAUUUGGAAAGAAUAAUUAAUAAUGCGAAUAAAUGCUGCCUGCUAGUGUUUCCAUCUUUCAGUCCGAAUUACCUAAGAGUGGCUCGGUACCAAGCCAAAUUGUGCGAUCUCGCCGUUAUCGAAUUGAGAAGCGGUAGUUCUAAAUCAAUUGGAGUAUGCCAUAAAAAAUAUUUGUUGGUGCCAGAUCCCGAAGUAAAUGGAAAAAAGGAAGAACCUCAAGAACAAGAGCAGUCUAGUAAACAAAUGGCUGAAUCAACGACAAAUACAACGAUAAGAAAAAAACGGCCACCAAUUCAACUUUACAUCCCACCGGCUCAGAGAAAGUCUAGAUUAGGUGCAAUUUUAACAGAAAACAAAGAUCCAAUUAAAAAUGGAAAUAGACUGAAAAGUAGUAGUAAAGGAAAUAUUGUUAAGCCAUUAUUAGAUAAAUGUGAAAUUAAAAAUAUUGCCAUAAAAAAAGGCGUAGAAACAAAUAAUAUAAAAUUAAAUAAAGAAAAUAAUAGGACAAAAGCUAUUUAUUGUAGUGGAGAUGUAGACUAUUUUUAUCAAAACUUUUUUCCAUAUUUUAGUCAUAAGUGCAAUAAUUAUUAUUGUGUAAAGUUUUUUUUAUUUAAAGAGUUUUUUCCCAAUGCCAAAUUGCUCAUAUUUAGUAUAAAACGACUAAAAUACUCAUUUCACUGGAUACGAAGUAAAAAAGAAAAUCCAAAUAUAGUUAUGGAUGAUACAAAUCUUGAAAAUAGGACAAUUUUAGGAAAAAUAAAUUUAUCAAAAGAUAUUUGCAAAACAUCAAAUUUAGGUCUUUUUCUGUCUAAUUCACUUGACUUUACGGAAAAUCGAAAGACCCCUGACGAACUUCUCCAGUUUCAAAACUCGUAUUGCUUAAGUGGAAAGAGAUUUAUUUUUUAUUUACCAGACUAUAUGUAUAACUUCUAUGUAUCGGUACCUGAUUUUAAAAUUGUUCGUGAGGUGAAGCCUGAUGAAUAUUUACGUUGUUAUCCCAAGGUGGAGGAUUAUUUAGAUCUAGAAAAUUGUACUUUAGAAAAAUGUUUUAUGCUUCCUCAAAUAAUAUCAAAAGAGGUAGACUUAGAUAAUUUAUUAGCUGAUAAUUCAUCACUUCAAAAGGAAAAAUCUGAUAAUUGUGAUAACAAGUCUAAUGAAAAUUGUGCCAACCUAGAAGUCAGUGAUGAGAGAAUUCUAAGCCCUGGAAAGAAAAUGGUGGUAAAAGCAGUUGACAAGGUUAUAGUGUUGGAGGAAAGGAUAGAGUUGCCAAAAAUAGACUCGAAAAGUAUAUCUCCUCCACCAAUCGCUGUCAGAAGUAAACAAAACGAACACGAACAAGAAAAAGAAAUCAUGAGAAAAGCUAAACAGAAUAUUAAUAGGAAAACCAGACCUAUUAUAAAAUAUAUAGACGACGAUAAUGACACUUUGAAUAUUGGAAAAGGUGACAAUAUCAACAACUGGGAAGACUUAUUCAAUGAUGAUGGGGAAUUACAGGAUGAUAUUUUUGAUAAAGUUAUUCACAAAGUAGGUGCCGACGUUACUAUUUUGAAAGCAACCGAGGAUUAUUUAUCUUAUGGAGCAAAAGAAAUUGAAGAAUUGGAACAUAUGGUAGAAUUAUAUGAUUUCCCAUCAACAUUGGAAACAAAUGAUAUAAUAUCCUCUUUUUGUGAAAUCAAAAGCGACUCAAUGUAUGUUAAAUGGGUUGAUGAUACUCACGCUAUCUUAGUUUUGGGCUCUUCUUUACAAGCCCAGAAAGCAUUAGCACUCUCGAACCAAUUAAUAAAAGUACGUCCAAUGUCGGCAGCCAGUAGUUUAGCUUUAGAAAAAGCAAACCAGUUUGACUUAAGACCAGCUAUGAAAAGACCUCAAACUAAUUUGCAGACCGCUAGAAGACUUAUUACCUCGCAUUUAGGAACAAGGAGUAAAAUUAGUAGAGAACAGAGUUCUAAAGAACGAGAGGAUUUACGUCUAGCCAAAGAGUUAAAAAAGAAAACGAAGCAGAACGAACUAGAUGCUUGGGAAGGAAAUCUACGCUCAAGCAUUAAUAAUUAGACUUUGACUCAAACUAAUAAUGUGCCUUAUUAUACUCGUAAAUGGAUUAGUCCCUGUGACAUAUAGGUAAUUCAUAUUUUUUAAUUCAUGAAAAAAAGGCAAUAAAAAAGCUCCUGAAUGCCCACAAAAGCACACAGCCAGGGUCGGAUCUGGUUGUUUUUGCGUUCCUCAACAUAAUUUUUUAUUUUUAAUGAUGUUGAGUAUUUUAUUGCAACUUUAAGAAGUUUGAAAAUCAAUGCAAGUUAUUUUGAAACAUUUUUGAACAGUAUUUUCAACCAAAUCACCGAAUCUAUUAAAUUAUUUAUUUGAACGGAUUAGAGACUUGGGCAGUCACGAAAAUAUCACUUUUUAUUGGAAUAUGAAUUAUUUUAUACGGAGGCUACUUUAUAGCUUCAUAGCAAUUUGCUUUUGUGAUUUAUAUUUAUUUAUAUGUAGUAUAUUUAAAAUGUUUAGUCAUUUAAUAUUAUUCAAAUUUAGCAUUUUAUUCACAGAACCAGAACUAUGUAUAUUCUAUUGAUGAAUUAAUUAAAUUUGAUUCAGAUACAUGUAUGUUAUUAUAAAUUUAUGUUUUAUAAGUGUGUAGUACUUUCAUGGACCAUAAAACUUCAUGUGAACUAACUGAAUAUGGAUAGACAGCAUGAAUCACGAGGCGUCAGUUGUUAAGGAAAUGUUGAAUAAACAAGUAAAUUUAAAAAUUAUACUUUAUUGUCAAAUAAAAAUUAAUAAGUACGGUGGAUUCGCCCAAUUGUGAUUAGAGGGUAAAUGUGACACAUGCAAUUAUCUUGCAUCUUAAUGUCAGAACGGUAAAGCUGGCAACUCUGUAAGUACGCGGGCAUAUCACUUUAUUCCGCCAAAAAUUUUCAGUUGCUUCGUGAUCACAGUAAGAAAAAAGUAGGUUGCAAUAUUAUUUUUUCAAUUUUACUAUUUUGGUUUUCUAGUACAUACAAUUGUGUUACGUAUAUACCACAGUAAAUUUGGCCAAGUUUUAUAGCUGUUUACCUAGGUGAAGAUGUAAGGAGUGAAGAUUCUUUGUCGGAUUUUAACCUCAAUAUUUCAAAUUUUAAACUUGAGUGGGUGUCACAUUUAGGCUUCCAAAAAUUGCGAAUCGUUUAAUUGUGAUUCAAUGUAAUGUUUAAUUGUGACAUUCUGUCACAAUAUUAAAUAUUACCACGAGAAAUGAAGGGUUGAUUUCCUCAUUUACAGGUUCGAAAUGCCGAAAGAAAGGAUAAUGGUAAAAAGCUAUACGAAGGAGGACAUGGAAAAUGCAAUAAACUCUAUAAGAAAUGGGAUGUCUUGCAAAAGAGCAUCUAUGACUAUCAAAAUUCCCCGAUCAACCAUUAUCUCAAGACUGAAAGGGUGGAAAAAUAGAGCUCCCACAAAGUACGACAACCCCGGUAGAAUAACCGAUUUGUCUCCAGAGAUUGAGGCAGACCUCGCAAGAAAUUUGAAUGCUUUAAAUAAAUGGGGGUUUGGUCUUUCGAAGAACGAGAUCCUAUGUCUAGUAGGCACUUACGUGAAAGAAAACAAAAUCGCAACUAGAUUUAAAGAUGGAAUUCCUGGAAAAGACUGGUUCAUUGGAUUUUGUCGACGACACAACUUGUCUUGCAAGAAACCAAUAAAAUGACAAAGCAUUCGUACGGAGCGUACAACGCCAGAAAUAAUACAAUUUUUUUAAAAAUUGUAUGAGGAUACACUCAUGGAACUAGAUCUUUUGAACGCUCCAGAAAGAAUAUUUAACAUAGAUGAAACGUCACUUUGUAGCGAUCCAAGUAACACAAAGGUUGUGUCGCAGAGAAAUCAACCAGUUUUUCGUCACACGCACGGCACAGGAAGAAGCAACACAAGUAUUUUGUUCUGUAUUUCAGCUCACGGAAACAGACUACCGCCAAUUAUUAUUUAUAAGGCCAAAAAUCUAUGGGAUUUGUAGAUGCCUGAAGGCGCUUAUCCUAAUACUGGCUAUGCUGCAACUCCUCAUGGAUGGAUGACCGAGUCUGCAUUUUUUUCUUGGUGCAAAAACCACUUUAUAAAAUAUGGCCCCAAGGAAUGACCACUUCUAUUAAUUUUUGAUGGGCAUACUUCACAUGUUUCUGCAGAACUUGUAAAAUUGGCUAUUGCAGAAAAUAUAACAUUACUGAAACUUCCACCCCACACGACACAUGUCUUGCAACCCUUAGAUGCAGUGCCAUUUGGAACAUUCAAAAAAUGUGGGACGAAGAAUUAACCAUAUGGCAAAGAGGACAUUAUGGCAUUGCUUUAAGCAAGGCCGAGUUUUCUGUAAUGGUUGGAAAAAUUUGGGAGAAAUUGCCGAUUCAGUUGAUAAAAAAAUCUUUCCAAAUUACAAGCUUAUACCCAGUUAAUUUCAAUGCAAUAGACCUCAGAAAAUAUACGUCAUCGUCUUCAGAAAUAGAACACGAAAAUUCCGAGGAAACAUCGCAUCCACGGAACCUGGGACAUCUAACAUAAUCAGAGAGCAGCCUGGAACAUCGAGUAACAUAAAUGAAGAGCGGCCAUCUACAUCAGAAAAAAUACUGUUUGAAGAUCUUCUUUUGAAGAAAAUAUCUUUGGGUAAAAGCUCAUCGACAGAAAAAAAAAAGAGUUUCUCAAAAAUUUAGAAGAGCGGAGAAGCUGAAAACAGCUAAAAAAAGAACAAAAAAAAUUAUCAAAAAAAUGGACGACGAUGAUAGUAGUAGUAAUGAGUCCAUUCCCGAAAGUCUUGAUGCUCAUGAUGAUAAAUACGAUGAUAUUCAAACUUUAGAAGAGCUAGUAGAAGCAUAAAAAAGUGAUGAAGAAGAUGAUGAUAUUUCCAUUUCCGGUCCUCAAAUUGGCAGUUGGGUUAUUGUAACAUACAUUACAAAAAAGUCUCUUCGACGUUAUGUGGGAAAAGUAUUAAAUAUUGAAGAUGGAAGCGCAGAAGUUAAAUUUCUCAAAAAGUUUAAAUCAUAUUUUGUGUGGCCGGACACUGAUGACAUUGACACUGUUUCCAUAUAUGACAUUUACAAGGUUAUUCCAGCACCGGCAGAAGGGCGUAGAGGACAAUAGUUAUUUGUUUUACUAGGCAGAAAAGUACAGAUUUAUUGCCGCGGUUGGUGUUUAUAGCCGAGGCUAGGAAACCAGCCGAGGCAUUAAAUUUGCUUUUCUGCCAUGUAAAACAUAUAAUUUUUUCUCCGAAUGUUCAAAUUCACACAUGGGCAUCUUUUUUAUAUUUAUUUCAUUAAUUAUUAUUAUCCAAAUAAUUAAAUUAUUUUGACAAUUGUCAUUGUCACCAUCAAUUUCAAAUACCAAAUUGAGCGAAAUUAUUACCUGGAACGUUGUGACACUGUCACUUUUAAUGCCUAGGCAGUGAAAGUCCACUUUUACUGCCUAGGCAGUAAAAAUACAACUUUUGAUCCUGUCAACUGUCAUUAAAAGACCGGUUUUACUGUCAUUCGGAGAAAAAUAUCUUUUGCAUUAAGUUUUGAUGGAUUAUACAGGGUGUCCCAAAAAGAUACCGACAAACUUUAAGGGGUAGUAGGGGACAUCAAAACAAGCAUUUUUGUUUAUAUAAACAUAUGUCCGCAAAUGCGCCAUUUGGGCUGUAGAGCAAAAAAACUAUUUGAUACUUUUAUUCUUCGCAAUAAUUAAAUCACUGUUUACUUAUUAAUUUUGCUUUAUUAUCAAAUAAAUUAUGGUUUACAAUAAUUGUUCAAAAUGUUGACCACUUACUUCAAUGCAAAGAUUACACCGCCGGGUCAUUGACUGAAAAGUUUAGUCUACGAAACACCUGUUCGUAAUAAGGAAGAUCUGAUAGCAAGAAUACUGGGAGUUGUACCCAUGUAGAAGCUAUUCCCGGAAUAUUCCAAAGAGUUUGUGAGUUGAACAAUUAUUGUAAACCAUAAUUUAUUUGCUAUUAAAGCAAAAUUAUAAGUAAACAGUGAUUCAAUUAUUGCGAAGAAUAAAACUAGAUACCAAAGAGUUUUUUUGCUCUACAGCCCAAAUGGCUCAUUUGCGGAAAUAUGUUUAUAUAAACAAAAAUGCUUGUUUUGAUGUCCCCUACUACCCCUUAAAGUUUGUCGGUAUCUUUUUGGGACACCCUGUAUAUUGAAUAAAAACAUAAAUGUAUGCUAUUUUUACCUACUAGUUUCAAGAAGACUGAUUUUCUUUAAUUUGUAUUUUUCUAUCAUUAGAAUGUCCAUUUAUUUUUUGAUUAAACUAUUUAAAAACAUAUAUAUUUUUUUUCGGCUAAAUGUGACAUCAAAUUACUUCCCAAUAUUUUUUUUGAGUUUAUAUGUGACACAGAGUGGAUCACAAUUAACUUCGCAGCUUAUAGAACGCUUUCAUCGUAAAACUUAACCCAGAUCACAUUUACCCGCUAACCAGUGUCACAUUUAAAAUUUAUGGGGUCCAAUUAUUGUGACACCUAGAAAUAUUUUUAAAAAAUAUAAUAAAACCCAUGUUUACUUGAAACACAAUACAAAACAUUAUACAACAUAUAAGACUAUGUAUAUUCUUACCACAGAUACGUUGAAAUCGAUGAUUUAAAAAAAAAUAAAGUCUCAAUGAUUUUUUUUGUGCUACUGAACGAAAAGUAUGUCACAAUUAGGCGAAUCCACUGUACAUCAUUUUGUAGACAAAGGCUUAAAAUUAAAAAUACUUAUAUAAUAUAUUAUAUCUACUUAUAUACAAUUUCAAAACAAACAAAUAUAAACAAAUUAACUGUGAACAUUGAACAAUAAUAAAUGAAGUUCAAGUGUGUUUUAUUUGAAUCUACAAGAUCCUACAGUAACUGCUAUACAGGGUGUCCGGUAAGUAUAUGUCAUACUAUCGGGAGCGUAUUAGCCAUUCCGGUCACGUGACUUUGACAGGUCCGCCAUAUUUGCUGAGGGGCAGACAAAGCCUAUAAUAGAUCAUUAUUGUCUACAAUGGCCGUUUUCGAUUCGCAACGGUUCGGCCUUGGUUGGUUCGGAUAUGACAGAAGUUGGUUGACAGCUUUUGAAUUUGGUCGACAGCUUUUGAAUUUGGUCUGUCAAAAAAGGCGCCAUUAGGGAUUCGAACGACCUGUCAAAAAGUGCGUUGUGGGCGGAAGUUCAUUAUCCCGUAUAUGAGAGUAUGGAAUUGAAAGCUUUUGAAGUGCAUUUUGUGGUUGUUUUGUGAAUGAACUUUUUUUAUUUUAUUGACUUCAUUAGUGUUUCUUCUGAUUAAAAAUGCCACAAACGUGUCUUGUAGUUGAUUGUGGAAGUAAUUUCAACAAGGUAACAAGGAUGUCAGGCUUUUUUCAUUGCCCUCUGUUUCAAAAUUUUCCAAUUAAAACGUGAAAAAUUUUCACUACCACUGUUCCUACAUCUAAAAUUAAGCCAGACUCAAAAUAUUUGUGAGAAUCUAAGCUUCUGUAGGCUUUCAUUUGCUCAUUGAUGUGAAAUUUGUGAAAACUGUGGGUUAAAAUGUCAACUGGACAUUAUUUCAAACUAACCGUUCGCCCACAUCCCGACUUUCCUGCAUUUAAG